GUGGAAUCACAAAGUAAUGAUUUCUCAUACUUUCUUACCGGCGAAAGAAAUUUAGAAUCCCUGGCAGAAGAUUGUUUUAGCGCCAGACCAGUAGACGAGCAAGAUGAUCUAGAGGACAACUACGGUUCUGACUUCUACAGCAGCGAUGAAAGUGAUGAGGAAAUUGACUCCGAUGUUGACUUAGACUUUUCGGAGUGUGAUUCAUCUGAGGGAUCAAAAGUGCAGGCAUUUGUAACCAAAACAUGUGGAUGUGCACAUGGAUAUAAAGGAAGCCCAUACAGCUCUACUAUUCAAGUUGAGGAUAUCGUCGAUUGCCGAAACAACUGUGCGGAACUUUCCUCGGCUGAACUAGAUCUAGUAAUUUUAGGAAUGAUCCACAGUGCCAUUAACUGUGACCAGUUUAGCUAGUCAGGAAGAACAGAGAAAACGAGGCAGCGAACCAGGGUGCCUUUCUAUUUCCACAGCCACCGAAUCUGCCCGAAAACUUUUCUUUUCAUGCAUCGUCUCCACAAGAACAGAUUCUACAGUCUCGUUAAACAUUAUCGGCUUAACAGAGUAUCGCUUCGUACUCACGGCAAAAAGAAACGUCUACCAAGCUCCGCUUUCAGUGCUGCCACUAUUGAACGGGUAGUAAAGUUCAUCAUGAACGUCGCCGAAGACCAAGCCCUUUUACUUCCAGGACGUGUUCCUGGCUUCAAAAGGAAUUGA